AUGAAGGGCGGCGGCGGCGGCUACGGCGGCCACAAGGGCGGCCAGAAGGGCGGCGGCGGCGGCGGCUACGGGCGCGUGGAGGACUUCGAGGAUGUUGACGACCGCGACAUUGGCAAGAUAAUCGGCAAAGGCGGGUGCAACAUCAAGGACCUCCAGGCGGGCACCGGCUGCCGCAUCAUCACGCCGGACCGCAACGAGUCGGGCUCGGACCCGUCCAUGCGGCAGGUGAAAAUCCAGGGCCCCACGAAAGAGGCCGUGGCGAGGUGCAAGAAAGCCAUUUCGGGUGUGCUCAUGGGCGACGAGCCCAGGGACGCACUGGCCGAGAUCGACGGCGCGGUGAUCAUGAAGAACGUCGACCCAAUGUCCAUGGGGCACCUCGCCAAGAUCAAGGACAAGCUCGAGGGGGACCUGAAGAUCACGCUCAACCUCGACGCCAGGUCCGUCAGGAUUUGGGCCAAGGACGGCGAUCGGCAGAGCGCCCUCGACGCCAAGGAAGCCAUCGAGGAGGAGCUGGAGGACAUCACGUCGGUCGACACCCUCACAGUGCAGGUGCCCGGCGACGUGGUGAACCAGGUCAUCAACGACAGCGCCUUGAGGCAGCUGCAGGCCUCCCGCGCUUAA